CAUUAGAUUUUGAACGAGGUGACCGGAGCCAGUUCACAGUUGACAAUCGAAGGCACUGUUCGUUUCAGUUGCAGAGUGCCAAAUUAGGCUUAAUUGAGCAGCUAUUACAUUUAGACUAGUGUCAAAUAUUUUAGGGCUCACCUUUUCCAUCUAUAAUGAUCUCCCAACGGAAUGCAGUUGUCGUGCUCUGCUUUUUAGUGGUAUUAAUGCAGCAAAUACAUUUUGGCAAAAGUAGACCUCAGGACACCUCGAAAGCGUCAAAACAGGAGGCCGAACGGAGGCAAGACGUGGAAUUGACCAAAGAGACACAGAUCGGCGAUGCCAAGGUAUACGGUUUGAUUCACAACAAAUCUGAGGAUAAGGACGCCGUCCAGGAAAAAGAAGAUAUUCAUUCGAAGAUCCUUACCAUGUUCGACAACGUACAGCAGAAGAUUGUAAACCUUUUCAACCCUGGAGCCGUUGUAGACAAGGCAACAGCCAAAGACUACGAGACAAACCCAAUUGAAGACUAUGAAGCCCUCCGACUGGGGAUUGUCAACGCGGUUGACUUUUUUGCCAAGCAAAUCAACAAUGCUUUAAACAAACCACGAGAACUGUUCCGGAAGGCCAAUAAGAAGUUUACGAAAACACUCAACGACUAUGGUACCAAGCUGAUCGGGUUGGAAUAAGGUUUUUCGAACAACAUCGAGUACAAGUUUCAUUUAUUUUACUUAUCUCUGAGAGUUACCAUGUAAAUACAGGUUGUGCUACUUUGGAAUGCUUGCUUCGACAUCGAGAGUCGGAUACUAUAUUUAUAAAUAGUACUAUUAG